GUAACAGCAUGUCAGAUAUUCCCACAUCCUUGCAGCUGUUCUUUGUGCUUAGGUGAACCCACACUAAGUAGCUUAAAUUCCAUGGAUCAUGUUUCCUUAGUGUCAGCAUACAUUAAGAGCAAAGAGUCUAUGGACACUUUUGCGUGUGUGAAACAUGCACAUCUGAAAAACUUAAGAGAUGUGGUGCUUUCCUUCCUAACACUGCAGACCCCUCUAUUCUUUCCUGUGGACCAGCUACUGGCUGGAACUCAGCACAGCAGCCCUAUAAUUACACUUAAAAUUUCAUUGCAGUUUUAUUACUUGGCUUUUGAGUCUAAAAAAAAAAUCUGUAAAUGAAAAGCAGCAAGUACUAUUGCCCCUGCUGUUUGAUGUUGCUGGGAAACAGACACUGCUCUCUGAUGUCACAGCAGCACAGCACGGGUGUCCUAGCAAUGUCUGAGAAUUCUCCCUUGGGACACUCAGUCAGUUGGUCACUGUCUUUCAGCUGGCUGUCUGGCAGGGUAGUCUAGCUGCUGGGGUUCAGCUGAAAAAUAUACUCGAACUGAGAAAAAAGAAUUUAAAAUGGAGCUUUCCUCAUUGGAAACUUCAUGUGAUUCUGUUCCGGACAAGGAAUUUGAUUCGUCAGGCUUAACUGCUUCUGUCCAUCCAGCGUGUGACAAAAGAGCAGCCAGUGAUGCUGCCUCUGGCCCUCCAAGUGAAGAAGGGUCUUCACAAACUUUGACUCCGCAACCCUGCUCAAAAAGAGAGUGUCUGAACUCAUCGGAGGAGAGCUCUAGCAAAGGCGAUGUCUCUGCAUGCUUCAGCUUUCUGAAGAAGCUCUGGGAUGUUGUUGAAAGCGAUCGGUUUGAGUCCAUUUGGUGGGGUGACAACGGGCAGUGUGUUGUGAUUCAUGAAGAAUUGUUUGAAGAGGAAGUACUAGCAAGGAGAGGACAUCUGAGAAUUUUUGGAAGUGAGAACAUGAGAAGCUUCACUGAUUGCCUCCAGCUGCAUGGAUUCACCAGAAAGCUGGGGGAUUUUCCAAAAUUGGGCUUGCACAGUGACUUGACAGCGGAAGAGGCAGCUAGGGAGUUUCACUUCUACUACAACCCAAAUUUUAGAAGAUACUUUCCAUAUUCGCUAAGGGAGUAUAAGCAACGCUUUGACCCAAACAGUCAAACAGCGGCAGGAGUUUCACCAGACACAGAUUAUUUGCAUGCACGCUGCCGGAAGAGAAAACCAGAUGUUGAGGUUGUGUGGGAAACCACUUCCGAGGAGGAGAGCGGUCCGUUGGCAGCAGCUCCGAGGGAGAACACGUGCACCCCUGCGCCCAGGAAGACGGCACGCGCCAAGGGCCGCGCCAAGGGCCGCGCCAAGGCAGCUGCCCGCGCCAAGGCAGCUGCCCGAGCCAGACGUGCCUCUACAUCUGCCCACACCUCUGCCCUGGCCCAGGCCGACCCUGCGGAGCAGUAGGCAGGGAGCAACUCCAUCCUCUGGCCCCAGCACAGCAGCCCCGGCCCGGCCGGCACGCCGGGGGCUGCUGCCGCCUCACCAGGCCCCGCCGUGCCGGCCAGGCCCAACAGCCACUUUCCGCCAGGGCCGGCACCUCCCGCCUCUCCAGCCGUGCUGGCGGCAGCCCCUGCCCUGUCCAGGCCGAGGCCACCUCUGGGCCAACCCCCCCCCCACCCCUGCUGCCCCCCUGCACGUGUGGUCCCAACAGCGGCCCUGCAGGCAAUGGGCUCGCCCUGGGACACGUUCCUAGGGAAUAGAGUCUCUCUUAUGUGUUCCAAUAAACUGUUUCAAUAAAAGCCUA